AUGGCCGCCGCUGCCGGAGCGGCGCUCGGUGGCCUGAACCCGAAGCCGAAGCAGAAGCCAAACCCUAGCGCCAGCCUCCCGUCGCCGGGGAAGCCCGUCGCGCUGGCCGACAUCACCAACACCGGGAGGCCCAACCCUCCCAGAUCCGUCAGCGUCGGCGAUGUCCUCAAGGAGAACGCCAGGCUGGUCCAGCUGCUCGCCCAGAAAGACCAGCUGCUUGCCCAGAGAACCAAGUUCAUUGAGAAGAGCAGCAUCGAGAUGAACAAGUUCCGCUCCGCGCUCAACACGUCGCGCCAGCAGAACCUGAACCUUGCGCGGGCCAAUUCUCAGAUCACUGCGGAACUGAAUCACGCGAAAGAUCGACUAAAGGUACUGCAGCAUGAGCUUGCAUGUGCAGCAAUAGUGUGUAAAUUAAAGGGUUCAGGGCUCGAGCGAAAGAGUAGCACUGCUAACGACCAGCUGCAGAAACAAGUUACUUCACAGGAGGAGGUAGACGCUGCUCCAUUUGAACUUGCUGCAGUUGAGGCUCAUCAAGCUGAUAGUAAGGCCACCAGUGCUGAUGUGCACCACUCAGUUGAGACACAACCCUCUAUACCAUGUAGUACAGUCCUUGAGGAAGCACUACCGGCUAAAACAAAUAAGAGGACAUCAGUGAGUCGGCGCACAAGUAAACGAAAGUCAGAAUCAUGCGAAGGUACAAAAGACACCACCACAGUUCAGCCGAGCUACAAGCCUGAUAUGCAACCCCCUGAAUCAUCGCAGCAUGAGGAUCAGAGAAACACGCUACGCAGAAGGUCUUCUAGACUGAACCCAGGAUCUUAUGAAAUGUCAGAAGUCUCUUGUGAGACCUUGCAUAUGGACACUGAUGUCCCUUCAUCUUCUAGUUUUAGUGUUCCAGAACUAAACAAUGCAAACGACAUGCAGGGGGCAACACAAGGCAACACAGCAGGGCAUAAAGUAAAAACUUCAGUACUCAAUGAAAAUCAAAAUGAGAUGAAUAAGCAACCAGAACAAGAAGUGAUUGUGGAGGAGGGCACACAAGAAGUAGAUUCAAGGGUUGCUGCAGUCGGGGACCUCGAGGCACAUCAAAAUGACGAUAAGGCCAUGGAUGCCAGCCCAAACAAUUUACCGGAAACUCAGUCAUCUCCACAAUAUAAUAUUAAGCAUCCAGUCCCACCCGAGAAGAGAGCAAACAGGAGGGUUGCCAGUAAGCGGAAGCUGGAACCAUCUGAAGGUCAGAAAGACUCAAACAUAGAGGAGGGCAUUACUGCCAAACUUCACUCAACUUCCAGCGAACCACCGCAUCAUGAAGACAUGAGAAAAUCUAAAAGGCAAAAAUCGUCAAGAUCAAACCCAGUAUCUUGUGAGGUCACAGAGGGCACUCUUGAGACGGCGCAAGAGGAUAUUGUUGCCCCUUUACCUCCUUCCAGUUCAAAAAUCUCUACCGAGCAGAGUGAAACGGGGAAACAGAAUGCUCGCCGUCCUUCGACGGAACCUCCUGAAGAGCAGGCGGCAGGGAGGUCUUCAGUGGAGGUGACUGGUAGAAGGUCUUCCAUGCGGGGAGCAGCAAAGGCUGUCUCUUACAAGGAGAUACCACUGAAUGUGAAGAUGCGACGACCUUAAGUAGCACCUAGUAGCAUAUGGAGAAUCUGACUACUGGCAGUGUCUUUUUUUGGAGUAGAAUCAUGUUUGCUGUAUGCUUGUAGCCUGUUGUUCUCCCCGCGAGGGAAGUAUCAUGUUAUUAUUUAGCUAUAGUGGGGACGGACUGUACAUCCCACCCUUUAAAACUGACCAUGUCAAUUUGUCACAUAUAUGACCCAGCCCGGAAUGGCAAUGCUAAUUGAAACCGGGUACGCAUGUUCUGACGGUGUAAUAUCGCUGCCAACAUUAAUGGGAUUAGUUGUGUUAUUU